UCUUACUGAAGAACGUGAAUCAUUUGAUUUAAUGUUGAUGUUGGAAUACAAUCUCAGCUUUAUUUGGCCCAAGACGAAUCUCAUUUUUUAUUUGUAAAGACCUCAUAUCAACACACUCUACAAUGAGAUUCGUCGUGGAAGUCGAUGGUGGAGCUGGUGGCCCAGAGGAUGGUGCGUCUUCCGGGGUCCGGGAUCAAGGUCAGGGUGGUGGUGCUGGCACCGGUGCCCAGGAGGAAGUCGCCAUCAGCGAGGGCACCGCUGGCGAUGUACCGGCGCUGCCUGGCGGACAAGCCGGUGGCGCCCGUCGCUUUGUGGACGACGUCAAGAAGCGGCAGAUCCAGCGGCAACUGGCGCUGCUCCUCCAUGCCCACAGGUGCCGCCAGCCGGAGUGCCUCGUCAACUUUUGCCGGGACAUGAAGGCAGUGCUGGCCCACGCCAUCCCCUGUCGUCGGGGCAGGGACUGCCCCACCAAGCAUUGUGCCUCCUCGCGGCAGAUCCUCAUGCACUACAAGAUCUGCAGAGACCACGACUGCAGGAUUUGCUCCAUUUUUCCAAGGAGCAUCCCGCUUCCGGAAACUGAAAAUAUUUAAAAUCAACCUGAUCAAAUCAUUUUCUGUAAAUUACCAAAGAGAAAACAGAAUAUCGAAUAAAAAUCAUUAUGUUAACAAGAUUCCAA